CACUCUAUCUCCUGCCCGAUAUCAGCUGGUGUGAUGAGAACUUUGCUGCUCUUUCUGGGUUACCUGCUCUUGAAUCAGGCCUGGAGGAGUAUUGAUUGCACUGAGACUGAGUGCGCUGCCCAGCUGAUGUGUGACAACUUUCUAAUUGCCGGAUGGUAUAAAUUUCAAAGUUCUGGUGGACGGAGAAUUCCGGACACUGCCGUCACAGGGAGGCAAUGCUCCACAAGUGCCACAGGCUGGCUACAAGGCUCACAUCCAAACGUUGAAGAGGGAGAAGUAACGAGAAAAGUUUGUUUCAACUUGAAUGGAAAUUGGUGCUACUGGAAUCGAGAGAUAAAGAUCAAAAACUGUUCCAAUUACUUUGUUUAUCAUUUACAGCCAACUCCUGGCUGCCACGCUGCUUAUUGCACAGUUACGGAUUUAAUACAAAGUGACCCCUGCGAAGAUCACACUGUCCUGGAUCAGCCCUGGAGGAGUACAAGUUGUAGAAAUUUGGAAUGCUCAAAGAUGCUAAUGUGUGAUACCUACACUAAUUAUGGAUGGUACAGAUUUAAGAGUUCUGGCGGAUGGAAAAUGUCAGAGUCAGUAGUUCCAACACAUCGCUGCUCCGCUUAUUCCAGUGCCUGGUUACAAGGUUCUCAUCCGGACAGACUUGAGGGGGAAGUGAAAAGAACAGUUUGUAUUAACUGGAAUGGAAACCCCUGCUAUUGGGUGCAUGAGAUAAAGGUCAAAAACUGUACCAGUUUCUUCGUUUAUGAAUUGAAGUCAUUAUUCUACUGCUCAGCUUACUGCACAGAUCCUAAUACAGUACCAAUCCAACUGCCUGAAGAACCUAUAGAGCAGGCGUCACUUAUGCCGACCGGAACUGCAACCUCAGAUCCAGACACAACAUCAGUUUAUUCACCUGAGAAACAAUCAACUGUAGAAUCUUUUCAGCAGGCAUCACCGACGCCCACAGGAACUGCAAUGUCAGAAUCAGCUGAUUUGCUUGAGGAACAAUCAACUACAGAAUCUUUUCAGCAGGCGUCACUUACGCCUACAGGAACUGCGACCUCAGAUCCAGGCACAAAAUCAACUCAUUCGCCUGUGCAACAGUCAACUGGAGAAUCUUUUCAGCAGGUGUCAUUUAUGCCCACAGCUACUGCAAUGUCAGAUUCAGACACAGCAUCAACUUAUUGGCCUGAGGAACAAUCAUCAAGAGAAUCUUUUGAGCAGGCGUCACAUAUACCCACAGGAACUGGAACCGCAGAUCCUAAUACAGUACCAAUACAAUUGCCUGAAGAACCUAUGGAGCAGGCGUCACUUCUGCCCACCGCAACUGCAACCUCAGAUCCAGACACAACAUCAGUUUAUUCACCUGAGAAACAAUCAACUGUAGAAUCUUUUCAGCAGGCAUCACCGACGCCCACAGGAACUGCAAUGUCAGACACAGAAUCAACUGAUUCGCUUGAGGAACAAUCAACUACAGAAUCUUUUCAGCAGGCGUCACUUAUGCCGACAGGAACUGCGACCUCAGAUCCAGGCACAAAAUCAACUCAUUCGCCUGUGCAACAGUCAACUGGAGAAUCUUUUCAGCAGGUGUCAUUUAUGCCCACAGCUACUGCAAUGUCAGAUUCAGACACAGCAUCAACUUAUUGGCCUGAGGAACAAUCAUCAAGAGAAUCUUUUGAGCAGGCGUCACAUAUACCCACAGGAACUGGAACCGCAGAUUCAGAUACAGUAUCAACCUACUGGCUUGAGGAACAAUCAACACGCGAAUCUUUGGAGCAGGCGUCAGAUAAGUCCAUGGGAACUGGAGACACAGACACAGCAUCAACUUAUUGGCCUGAGCAACAAUCAACGAGAGAAUUUUUGGAGCAGUCGUCACGUACGCCCACAGGAACUCAAACCGCAGCUCCAGACACAGCAUCAACUCAUUGGCCUGAGGAACAAUCAGCUGAAGAAUCUUUUCAGCAGACGUCACUUGUGCCCACAGGAACUGCAAUCUCAGGUUCAGACACAGCAUCAACUUAUUCGCCUGACGACCAAUCAACUAGAGAAUCUUUUGAGCAGGCGUCACGUAUACCCACAGGCACUGGAACCGCAGAUUCACACACAGCAUCAACUUAUUCAUCUGAGGAACAAAUAACUAGAGAAUCAUUUGAGCAGGCGUCACUUACGUCCACAGGAAUUGCAAUCUCAGAUCCAGACACAGCAUCAAAUCAUUCGCCUGAAGAACAAUCAACUGGAGAAUCUUUUCAGCAGUCGUCACAUAUGCCCACUGGAACUGCAAUCUCAGAAACAGGCACAGCAUCAACUCGUUCAUUUGAGGAACAAUCAACUGGAGAAUCUUUUGGGCAGGCGUCACAUACGCCCACAAGAACUGCAAUUUCAGAUACAGACACAGCAUCACCUCAUUCGUCUGAGGAAAAAACAACUAGAGAAUCUUUUGAGCAGGCGUCACUUAUGCCCUCGGGAACUGAAAUUUCAGAUCCAGGCACAGCAUCAAAAAAUUCACCUGAAGAACAAUCAACUGCAGAAUCCCUUCAGCAGGCGGUACUUAUGACCACAGGAACUGCAAACUCAGACACGGCAUUAACUGAUUUGCCUGAGGAGCAAUCAUCUGGAGAAUCUUUUGAGCAGGCGUCACUUAUGCCCACAGGAACAGCAAUCUCAGCACCAGACACAGCAUCAACUCAUUCGCCUGAGGAACAGUCAACUGGAGAAUAUUUUCAGCAGGCGUCACCUGUGAUCACGGGAACUGCAAUCUCAGAUCCAAACACAGCAUCAACUCAUUCGCCAGAGGAUCAAUCAACUCGAGAAUCUUUUGAGCAGUCGUCGCUUAUGCACACAGGAACUGCAUUCUCAGGUCCAGACACAGCAUCAGCUCAUUCGCAUGAAGAACAUUCAACUGUAGAAUCUUCUCCGCAGGCGUCACCUAUGACCACAGGAACAGCAACCUCAGAUGCGCAAUACGUUUGGAUUAAAAUCAACAUCAUUUCCUCGAUGGAGCUCGAUAAUGAAACAGCAAAGAACAUCGCUAAGGAAAAGAUACGAACGAUGGUCAGUGGUCAAGGAGGCUCCAAUAUCGAAUUCGAAGUGAAAGAGGCUCACUGCUCAGCUGACAAUUUGGAAACAUGAAGGCGAUAUGAGUGUUCAUGAGCACCAGAUACCCUUAAUACAAUUGUUGUUCAUCUCAAAUCCUGUUGCAUAAUGGUUUGCACUUCC